UAAAGGCCCAACCAACCAUCCUCACCUUGGCGGCACUCCGCGUCAAGCGUGGUUUUGGAUUCUGUGUCGCUUCAAAGUUUUUGAGGUUUGUUUUUGAGAGCGAAGGAUCGAGAUUUUGCGCUUCUGUGUCAGAUCGGUUCUACCGCACUACUGGGGGAGUUGGCUGUGUGGUCAUAAUUUUGAGUUAUUGUUUUCAAGUUUCAUUCAACCAAUGGCAUCAAAUAUGGCUGCUGAGUCCAAGACAAGCCUUUCUAAUGGCAAUGUUAAUACACAGCCUAAUCCAAAGAGGAGUUACCAAGUUGUUGUGGCAGCAACUGGGGAUAUGGGUAUUGGUAAGGAUGGGUCGAUACCCUGGAGAUUGCCUUCUGAUCUGAAAUUCUUCAAGGAUGUCACUCUGACUACAUCAGAUUCUGGGAAAAAGAAUGCAGUCAUAAUGGGAAGGAAAACGUGGGAAAGUAUUCCUCUUGAGCAUCGACCAUUGCCUGGACGCCUUAAUGUUGUCCUGACUCGUUCUGGGAGUUUUGACAUUGCUACUGCUGAAAAUGUUGUGAUCUGUGGAAGCAUGGGUUCUGCUUUAGAAUUGUUAGCUGCGUCUCCUUAUUGUCUGUCAAUUGAGAAAGUGUUUGUUAUAGGAGGUGGCCAAAUAAUAAGGGAAGCUCUUAAUGCUCCUGGAUGUGAUGCAGUCCACAUUACUGAAAUUGAGACAAGCAUCGAUUGUGACACUUUUAUUCCACCAAUUGAUUUAUCUGUAUAUCAGCCAUGGUACUCAUCCUUUCCUAUUGUGGAAAACAAGAUUCGAUAUUGCUUCACGACAUAUGUUCGUGUUAGAAGCUCUGCUGUUGAACCCCUUGAUCAAAACAAUGAUUCUGUCCUUGAUAGUAAGACCAAUUCUGUCAAGUUUGAGGUUAAAAAGUUCUCUUUCCUACCCAAGAUGGUUUUUGAGAGACAUGAGGAGUACUUCUAUCUAAAACUUGUUGAAGACAUCAUCUCAGAUGGCAAUCUCAGGGAUGACAGGACAGGGACUGGUACUUUAUCAAAAUUUGGUUGCCAGAUGCGGUUUAAUUUGCGCAAAACUUUUCCGCUUCUUACAACCAAGAAAGUGUUUUGGCGAGGCGUUGUUGAAGAACUUCUGUGGUUCAUCAGUGGUUCAACAAAUGCCAAGGUUCUUCAGGAGAAGGACAUUCAUAUUUGGGAUGGCAAUGCAUCUAGAGAAUACCUUGACAGUGUUGGAUUGGAAAACAGAGAGGAGGGUGACCUUGGUCCUGUAUAUGGGUUCCAGUGGAGGCAUUUUGGUGCAAGGUACACUGACAUGCAUGCUGACUACUCUGGCCAAGGCUUUGAUCAGCUACUGGAUGUUAUUGACAAGAUUAAGAAUAAUCCAAAUGAUCGCCGGAUUAUUCUCUCAGCUUGGAAUCCAUCUGAUCUCAAAUUGAUGGCACUUCCACCUUGCCACAUGUUUGCACAGUUCUAUGUAGCCAAUGGGGAGUUAUCAUGUCAAAUGUAUCAGCGUUCUGCUGACAUGGGCCUGGGUGUGCCAUUCAACAUUGCAUCUUAUGCUCUUUUGACAUGCAUGAUUGCUCAUGUUUGUGAUCUUGCUCCUGGUGAUUUUAUCCAGGUGUUUGGCGAUACUCACGUUUAUCGCACUCAUGUGAGGCCUCUGCAGGAGCAACUUCAGAAACUGCCAAAGCCUUUUCCAAUUUUGAAGAUCAAUCCAGAGAAGAAAGAUAUAGAUUCUUUUGCAGCGGCCGAUUUCAAACUCACAGGUUAUGAUCCUCACCAGAAAAUCGAAAUGAAGAUGGCGGUAUAGUGCUUUCUUAAAGUUUCCAAAAACUUGAAGGACUCUGGUCCCUCCAAGGCAAUAAUUGCCAAGUUUUGAGGCACAGCUGGUGGAGGCAUAUAUAUUUAUUCAGAGUUUUUUUAUGCACAUUGAAAUAAGAAAAAAAAAAAAAUGAAGUAUCGCAUAUGUAGUAAGUGAGAAUCGUUUAGUUCCAUAUAGAUUUGGUGGUACUAAAGUGGUUUAGGAUCCCUGUAUUUUCGUGUUAUUAAGACAAUUUUUCUUUUGAUCUUAUAAGCUGUCUCUCAUCACAAUCAUAAUAUGUUUAUUGCUGCUAAACUUGAUCAUGCUCUUUUUGAAAGAGAUUUGGAUUUUGAAUAACUGAGUUAUAUAUAUUCAUGGAUAAUUAUGCUAUUAA